UCCGCCGGCCGGCGCGGAGCUCGAUCCCCACCGGAGCUGACCGGCAGCGCGCUCCCGAUCCGCCUCCCCUGCGCCCAGCAUGUACCAGUGGCGCAAGUUCGAGUUUUUCGAGGAGAAGGCGGCCGGGCGCGGCGGGGGAGGCGGCGCCCCGUCCGUGCCAGCCGAGAUCGCGGGCCGGGUCACCUGCUGCUCGGGCGGCCGCGGCCGCGUCGCGGUAGGCUGCGACGACGGCACCGUGGGCAUCCUCGAUCGCGGCUUCCGCCUCUCCUACGGGUUCCAGGCCUACGCAUCAUCCGUCCUCUUCCUCCAGCAGCUCAAGCAAAGGAAUGUCCUUGUCACCGUUGGAGAUGAUGAUCAAGCAUCUUCCCAGUCAUCUGCAAUCUGCCUAAAAGUUUUCGACCUUGAUAAAGUACAAGAGGAGGGUUCAAGUUCGACAACUCCUUUCUGUGUUCAGAUAUUGCGCAUCUUCACUAAUCUAUUUCCUCAGGCAAAGAUUACAUCAUUUUUGGUUCUAGAAGAAGCCCCUCCCAUUCUUUUGAUCGCCAUCGGAUUGGACAAUGGUUCCAUUUACUGCAUCAAAGGUGACAUUGCACGCGAGCGUAUCACACGCUUCCCGCUGCAAGUCGAGGCUGUUUCAGGUGGCGCAAGUUCACCUAUUACUGGUCUGGGCUUUCGAGUUGAGGGGCAGGCACAUCAGCUCUUUGCCGUAACUCCUAGUGCCAUAACCUUAUUCAGCUUGCACCAUCAACCACCAAGGAGGCAAACACUUGAUCAGAUUGGUUGUGAGGUCAAUGCUGUAGCAAUGAGUGACCGCAUGGAUCUGAUUGUUGGUAGACCUGAAGCAGUGUAUUUCUAUGAAGUUGAUGGCAGAGGUCCUUGUUGGGCUUUUGAUGGUUCAAAGAAGUUUGUAGGUUGGUUUCGGGGAUAUUUACUCUGUAUUAUUGAAGAUCAGAGAAGCCGGAAGAAUACCCUUAAUGUUUACGAUCUUAAGAAUCGGUUAAUUGCGCAUAGCAUGCCCGUGGGGGAUGUUUCACAUUUGGUCACGGAGUGGGGCUAUAUUAUUCUCAUAAUGAGCGAUAAAAGGAUACUUUGCAUUGGAGAGAAAGACAUGGAAAGUAAGCUUGACAUGCUGUUCAAGAAAAAUCUUUAUACAGUUGCAAUCAAUCUUGUACAGAGUCAGCAGGCUGAUCCUGCUUCAACUGCUGAGGUUCUACGGAAGUAUGGUGACCAUCUGUAUGGAAAACAAGAAUAUGAUGAAGCCAUGUCUCAGUAUAUCCUCACCAUUGGUCAUCUUGAACCAUCAUAUGUUAUACAGAAGUUUCUUGAUGCAAAGCGCAUCUACAACCUGACAAAUUAUCUAGAGAAGUUGCAUGAUAGAGGAUUAGCAUCCAAAGACCACACCACCCUUCUGUUGAACUGCUAUACCAAACAGAAGGAUGUUGAGAAGCUGAACCAUUUUAUCAAAGAUGAAGAUGGGGUAGGGGAAAUCAAGUUUGAUGUGGAAACUGCCAUAAGAGUAUGCCGUGCAGCGGGAUAUCAUGAACACGCAAUGUUUGUGGCCAAAAAGGCUGGGAGGCAUGAACUGUAUUUGAAGAUUUUACUUGAGGAUCUUGCUAGAUAUAAUGAGGCGCUGCAGUAUAUAUCCAGCCUAGAGGCAAAUCAAGCAGGUCUUACUGUAAAAGAAUAUGGAAAAAUUCUUGUGGAUCAUAGACCUGCUCAAACAGUUGAAAUACUGUUGAAACUUUGUACCGAUGUUGGAGAUCCUACAACAAGGAGAGGUUCAAAUAGCAUGCGUUUGCUUAUGAUACCCUCACCAAUGGACUUCGUAAACAUAUUCGUGCACAGCCCACAAUACCUCAUGGAAUUUCUAGAAAACUAUAUCAAAGCCGUGAAAGACUCCCCUGCUCAAACAGAAAUUCAUAACACCCUUCUCGAGCUGUAUAUAUCAAAAGAUUUAAGCUUCCCAUCUAUGUCACUGGAAAAUGGCUUUGAGGAUCAGAACAUUAAAGACAGAAAAGGUAAAGAUACUGCAAACGGCUAUAAAUCAGGCACAAGGGAGAAGGCAAAACUUGGAAAAGAAGAUGCUAAAAUGGCGAAGGAUAUUGUUGAUAGGCAAAGGAAAGGGCUUGCAUUGCUCAAGUCUGCCUGGACAUCUGAGAUGGAAGAACCUUUGUAUUCUAUUGAUCUCGCUCUUAUUAUUUGUAAUGCAAAUGCAUUCAAAGAUGGUUUGCUAUUUCUAUAUGAGAAGCUAAAACUCUACAGAGAGGUUAUCAGUUGCUACAAGCAAGCGCAUGAUCAUGAAGGUUUAAUUGCAUGCUGUAAGAAGCUAGGAGACUCAUCUCAAGGAGGGGAUCCAUCUCUCUGGGGUGAUCUGCUGAAGUAUUUUGGGGAGCUUGGGGAAGAUUGCUCCAAGGAGGUUAAAGAGGUCUUGACCUACAUUGAGAAGGGGGAUAUUUUGCCUCCUAUUGUUGUACUACAGACACUGUCGAAAAACCCUUGUUUGAGUCUCUCAGUUGUGAAGGAUUACAUUGCUCGCAAACUUGAGCAAGAAUCAAAGCUGAUUGAAGAUGAUAGAAAAUCUAUUGACAAGUACCAGGAAGAGACAGAAUUGAUGAGAAGGGAGACAGAAGACCUCAAGACAAACGCAAAGGUUUUUCAGCUAAGCAAGUGUACGGCGUGCACCUUCACCCUUGAUCUUCCUGCUGUCCAUUUCAUGUGCAUGCACUCGUUCCAUCUUCGCUGCCUUGGGGACAACGAGAAAGAAUGCCCGGAAUGUGCUGCUGAAUAUAGAUCAGUUAUGGAGGCAAAGCAGAAGCUAGAACUAAAUGCCAGGGAUCACGAUCUGUUUUUCAGGCAGCUGAGGGGUUCAAAGGACGGCUUUUCUGUGGUAGCAGACUAUUUUAGCAAGGGCGUAGUCAGCAAAACAACCAUUCCACCUGAAAAUGCCUCGUAGGGGAGAGUUACUGCCACUGUUUUGCGUUGUACAGCAUAUAUAUCGUAUUUGUUCCCAUUUGAGUGUUCUUACGGUCUCCGUCAAUCAUAGCCUGCGCCACGGCGUCAUCUGUGAUGCUGAGCCUCCCUCAUGUACUCAGUUGUGCUCUCUAGCCUUUUGAUCCAUGCUCUAAAUUUUGUUGUACAAUGGCAUUGUAAAUACUUGUUCCAGCCGCCCUUUUUUGCUGGGUGCUGGAGAAGGCUGCCCCGAGUGAGGAACUUCCAGCAUUUGAGUUUGGUUGUGUGCCCUUAUAUUGGACAUAAAAGUUUCUUAUGAAACACAAUUUUUAA